AUGAGUAAAGUUAAAAAACUUGAAGCCGAAAAACGUGAACUCAAAAAAGAGCUCGAAGUAACGGAGCAAAUGUAUGCUAAACUUUUCGAUGAAUUCAAAAAAUUGAAAGCUCAGAAUUUGAUUUUGGAAGCUGAUAAUGAAGAAUUGAAGAAGAAGAAGAUAAUUAAACCGAAGAAGCUCGAAGAUCAAUACUACAGUUUGUAUUCUGGAAAAGGACCAAUCAAAUUCGGAAAUUGCAAUGUGGCAGGACAAUUCUUGGAAUUGGAAAAUAAUUCUAAUCAUGCGGUGAAUCUGGGAUACUUUGUAAUUAAAAGAACUGUUGGAGAAGCAAUUAUUGAGGUCACUUUGCCAAAAGUUACUAUAAUUCAACCGAUGAGCAAGUUGUUGGUGAGUUGGAAACGCGAAAAAAAUUAUAUACCGUAGUUAUUUCGUCGCGACGAGACCCUGUGUGUGUUUCAGCUGUUGCGCCUUUCAAAAACUACGGUAUUUUUUGUUUUUUUCUGGAUUUUUCCGGAUUUUUGAUGUUUCUGCAUGAAAAAAAGAAAAAUAUAAAUAGUCUAACCCUGUUUAAAGCACUAUAAAAAACGAUUUUCAAAUGUUUUUCUGAGGAAAACCCUAUUUUUCGGUUGAAAAUUACGAAAAUCGAGCUCUAAAUUAUUUUUGAUUAGGAAUAGCCACCAAAACCGGCUUUUUUGUUGAUAAUCAAAGACGCAUCGAUUUUUUAAAGAUGUGUGUCUUGUCGCGACAAAAAGAACUACGGUAUAUAAUUUUUUUCUCAAAAAAAAACUUUUUCACGUUUCCAUUUUUUAAUCGAAAAUGUGUACAUUGUGUUUUUCAGAUUUACGGCAAGAAAUCGACAUGUCCAAAGCUCAAUGUUCAAACUCUGAUUCAUGAUCAAGUUGAACUUUGGUUGACCGGUGAUAUUAUGGAGACUGUUUUGAUUGAUGAAAUGGGAACCGUAGUUACAUCGAUUGUUCAGAGAUUAAAGAACGAGGAAUAA